AUGGGGGGCGUGUCCGGCUUCCGGUGAGAGAGGACGCAUGGCAUAGGAGCUCCGCCGUUAUCCCGACCUUGAGCGACUAAUUGAGCGACUUUCAGCGACUGAACCACCGCUACCCUCUACCCUGAGCUUACGGGAAUAUCACAGCACCCUACAAUGCCUCCUCCUAAGCAGCUAAAGCUGUCGGAAAUGACAAAAUCGAAAAGAGCGGACCGCCGCAAAGACAUCCAAGAUGGCGACGACACAUCUAAUCUAUCCGACGGUCAAUCAGACUACGAACAGAGCUCAUCCAAAUACUCUGAAGCUCCAGUGAUGGAGCGCAGCCUUCACAAAAUGCUGCAAGAACUUAGAGCUACUAUAACAGCGGACUUCCACCGCAUUAAUGGUGAUCUGAGAAAAGAAAUCUCUAAUAUCGGUGACAGAACCAGUCACCUGGAAAAUAAAACGGAUGAGCUCUGUAUAGCACAUAACGAAGUAGUGGACAAAGUUCAGAAAUUGUCUGAAGAAAAUUCUUUAUUACGUGACAAGCUUGCUGACAUGGAAGACAGGUCAAGGAGGCAAAAUAUAAGAUUCAGGGGCAUACCGGAUGAUGUUACGCAAGAAGCAUUACCAGCUCACAUUCUAUCUAUAUGUAACACCCUGGUCCCGGGCCUACCUAACUCCGCAUGGGCAUACGAUCGUAUGCACAGACUCCCACGGCCUGCGCAUCCCUAAGGACGUUAUCAUAAGAUUUCAUUACUUUGCUCAUAAAGAAACUCUGCUGGCAGCGGCGAGAAAAGCCCCAACACUCCCAGAACCUCAUCAACGGAUCGCACUUUAUGCCGAUUUAUCAGCAGCUACAAUGGAAAAACAAAGGGGUUUUAUAACAGUAACUAAAACAUUACAGAACAACAACGUGGCUUACAAAUGGGGUUAUCCAACCAAAUUAAUCAUCUGGCGUCAAGGUCGCAACCACAUAGCGAUUGACCCAACAGAGGGUAUGAAGCUGAUUUCAGCCUGGGGACUAUAG